AGUUCUCUGGUAUCUGCUAAGAAGAUAUAGCUCAUCAGUUAUCUUGAAGCUCUUUCUCGCCUUACCACGCUCAUCAGAAGCUCAAAGGAGCUUCUGUUACCUGGCUAUGGAAAUCUUCAUUCUGCUAGUCCUCAGCGUUGGACUUUGCCAAGCCGGUUCUGUCCCAGAUGACGUGAGCUGUGAUGACCCAGAAGUUUUUGAAGCUGUGUCUACAGCAAUAACACGAUUUAAUGAAGAAGGGAAAAAACCAAAUGUAUUUGCUCUCAAUGUCAUCCUUCAUGUCCACAGAAUAGCAGGUUCUGAAAAAUCAAUCCGCGUCAUCUAUCAAAUAAGAGAAACUGCAUGUUCUUUUAGGUAUCACCCUUGGCAAACCUGUGAUCUUUUAGAGACCUCGGAAGAAGAAUAUGGAAACUGUACAGCUGAGAUUGAAACUGACAGAUACACGGUAAUACAACAGGACUGCAAAUUUGCCUCAGGGCAGAAGUAUGAAGAAGAGACUUCUGCGACCUGCCUGGGAUGCUGGCAUCCCAUAGACCCUACAAGUCUGGAAGUUCUUCCUAUUGUGAGAUUCACCAUACGGCAAUUUAACAAUCGGAGUGAACAAUCCACCUUAUACGAAGUUAAAGAAAUGAAAAAGGCAAGCCGUCAGGUGGUUAAUGGAUGGAAUUACCAACUGGAAUAUUUGAUAAAAGAAACAAAUUGUUCCAAGAAUGAAUUUCCAGAUUUGACCCCAGCAUGUAGACCACUUCCUGAAGGUAAAGAAGGUUUGUGUACAGUUACUGCCUACGUGGACAAUGCAAACACACUGGUCCGUGCAGAACACAAUUGCCAAAUGAAAGUUGACGAAAAAGUGGAACCUCCUGUUGUUGUGUGUCGCGGUUGCCCCAAGACGGUACCAACGGACAGCCCAGAACUGGACAUACCUCUACCUAUUGCUAUAGAAUGGUUUAACGCAAAAAACGACAGUGACUUUCAUUUCAAAAUUGUAGAAGUAAUAGAAGCAACAUCACAGGUUCUGGCUGGGAUAAAGUAUCGAUUUAAGUUCAUAAUUCAGAAAACAAAUUGCUCCAAGGCUGAAGUUGAGAAGUUAAAUGAAAAUUGUACCGCUGUUGAAGAUGGUGAGCGACUGUACUGCCGUGGCUCAGUUUACAUGAGACCCUGGGUAAAAUUCCAAGUACCUGAAGUAACCUGCAGCGAGACGCAAAUUUCACAGGACUAUCUUAGGGUACCUCCAGGUUUCACCCCUUUCCGAAGUGCACUCCCUGUCGCUAAUGAUCCGGAAGGACCAAGAGUUGUGGAGGAAUUCCAUAUUGAUCCCAGAGGACGUCGCACUCAUGAAAAAAAGCAGGGCCAUGGCCACCGACACAGACACAGACACGGCCACCGACACAAGCAUAAGAAGUCAAAAGAGAGUUCUUCUGAAGAAGUUGCAGUUCUACCCGCUAUUGAAACCCCAAGUCAACUGCCUACUUCAAAAGCUUUUCUGGAACAGGAGGCUAACAGUAGAAGUCCCCAUGGAGAACCUGUUGGGUUUCCUGAUGCCUCCCCAGUGCACAGUAGCUCUACAGAUUCCCCCGUUUUCUUACAUCACCUGCCAGAUCUACCAGAACCACCAAAAUGUCCUGGGACACCAUGGAAGCCUGAAAGAGCAGAGUCUGAAGAUACCCUUUUUAACGAUUUUGAUCUUUACGAUGCUGUCCAGGAUUAAUUUUUUUAAAAGGCAGUGAGUUAUUUCUCCAGAAAUGUCCGACUCUUAGAAAUGAUGAGAGUUCUCGGGAUUUCUGACUGCGUAAAAAGUGUAACACUUAAAUAUAGUUGCAGCCAAGGUUGGCCUGCUGCAUCAGCCUGCCUAGUUUCUUAAUGUUUUGCAAGAUACAAUAGUUAACAAAUAAUAAAACAAGAACUGUAAUUCAGUCUGCUCGAUCAGCCAGCAAUGUACUAUGCACAACUGCCUUCUGCAAGAAUAGCAUUACCGGCAUUCAAUCCUGGAGAAAAAAAUACAUAUUUCCUGGAAGAGAAAGGGGCCUUUGAAUGACUACAGCAGCUCAGUGGGUGAAUUGUGUUAAUUUUCUCUGCAUGUUGAGUUACUUACCUACACUUGAUUAUUUCCUUGCACCAUGAUUAUUUUAUGAUGAAUCUGUAGUAAGUUCAACGCAAGUAUAUUAAUUAGCCCACUCUUUCUAUUACUGGUUUGUGAUACAUUUUGUUUGUACACUUUUCCUUGGAUAUUGCAAAUAAAAGACAUGUACCAAAGCA